AUGGCAAAGAACAAGACGCCGAAACCUGCCAGGUCCCGGCCUGCGUCCACCUCCGAGCUCAACCAGCCCUUGCUCCCAUCCUCGGGCUCUGUCACCGCAUCGACUGCCUCCUGCUCCUUCUCCCCGGCUCCGGAUCACACGCUCUUCGCCCACAUCAGCAACCAGGUCCACCAACAACGACUGCGCAUCUACAAUGCUUCCGCAUCGGCAGCGUCGAGCUCACAGCUCGUCACUGACUUCCUCCUCGCUUCGCUGGGCGGCGCAGAGUGCCUCUCUUCGCAGUGGGUGCGUCUCUCGUCCCAGUCUUCCAAGUCAGCCAAGCGAAGAAAGCACGAUGCCGAGUCGAGCGAAGACGUUGGUACCUCUGGCUCAUCGCAGCUGUUGCUCGCGCUUGGUCUCAGCUCGGGUCAGGUCCAUCUGUUGAGCCCUGCGCUCGCUCAGUCGGUCGCCAUCCUCGACGCUUCCUCUGCUUCGGGAAGCAGCACCGCUUCUGCCGCCAGCGCCGGCAUUGUAUCAAUAUCCUACUCCGAGUCCAAGAAGACGCUCUUCGCUUGCUCCAAGAAUGGCUGGGUCUCGUCGUUUGCGCUAGCAGACGUCAAGCUCGGUGAUCAGCCAAGCCCGCUGCGUCCCUUCUCAUCCUUCCGCCCCGACACCAAGUCCGCAGUUCAGCUCCUCUCAGCGCGCAGCAAUCUUGUGCUUUCUGCGCAUCACAGCAUCGGCUUGACGGAUGCUGAUCAGUCGGACAACAGCGUCCGUGCCACCUUCACCGGUCACGCAUCGCCCGUCACCCACCUCGAAUGGCUCAACGACACCUCGUUCGUGUCCGCUGCCGAAGGCGACCGCAUGGUCAGCGCAUGGACGUUCGACUCGAAAGCAGGCAAAGCUGUUGCAGGGCGCGCCUUUGCUACUGCCGCACUUGAUGGUCCUGUACGAGCUCUCUCGGUCAGCUUUGCCACCUCUUCGCAAAGCACGCGCACACUCAUCACCAUCGUCACGCAGACCGGAAGCGUACGAAUCUAUGGUCUCCCAGCAGAGUCCAAGUCGGAGGCGUCACCGUCAAAGAAGAAGUCGGCUGCCUUGCCGUCGCUCGAGUUGCUGGCACAGUCGCCGACCGAAAGCAGUGCGCCCGUCGAGUGGAUCGACGCCAGGCUCGUCUCGGAUAAGCUCAGGCUCGCGCGUCUCAUCCGCGGCGCAAAGGUUUCCAUCGACGAGACCACCGUGGUCAGUGGCAAGGAUGCUCAGCUGCAAAAGACGCUGCUCUUGCCAACAGCCGGAGGCAAGCAGAGCUCCACCAACGGCGGCCUCCUCGCUGCUGACACGGACGAGGCUCAGCUUACGGGAGGUGCCGCUGAGACGCAGAGAUACACCGACGCGCCAUUGCGACCUCAGGACAUUGACGAUGCCGUCGUGGCAGCCGGCCUCGAAGACGGAGGCUUUGUACCUUCCACCUCCGCCCGUGGAGCUGACCUGGAACCCACGCUCGCCCAACGAUUGAAAGAGCUCGGCUUCUCUGACCCUACCCAAGCAGGCGCCGAUGCCGACGAGGACGACGCCGACGUACCGACCAAAAAGCAGCAAUCCCUGACCAACGAAGCCUCGCUCGCCUCGUCCCUCUCGCAAGCGUUGCACUCGGGCGACACCUCGCUGCUCACCAGCUGUCUCAACCACAACGAUGCGAUCCUCAUCCGCAACACGGUGCGCAAGAUCUCGGGUCCCCUCGCGGUCAAGCUGCUCGAGGAGUGCGUGGGGCGACUCAACGGUGUUGGCGGUACGCACGUGAGCAAGGGCAGUAUGGGCAGUCAAAAGGCGCGUGGAUUGAUGGAGUGGAUCCGCGCUACGUUGCUCAACCACAUGGGCUACCUCAUGUCGUUGCCCAACCUGGUCAGCCGCAUGUCCGGGUUGCAUGCUACACUGACGACGCGUCUUGCGACGCACGAGCGGUUGCUCGCGCUCAACGGACGAUUGGAGCUCGUGCUGUCUCAGAUCGAGGCGAGGGCGGCAUAUGUGUCGCAGGCCAGUGGAAACGCCGUUCGCGUGCAGGGCGUCAAGUUCGGCAAGAAGACACAGGGCGAUGUUCCGCAGAAGAAUGGCGCGGAUAAGGAGAGGAGGAAGGGCAAGAAGUGGGUCGAAGAGUCGGACGAUUCGGAUUCGGACGAUAUGGCUGUCGAUGGAGAGGAUGGUGUUUUAGUGAGGGGCGACGAUGAUGAAGACGGAGAUGUACAGGAUAUCGCCCUUGGGGCUGAUGGCAGCGACGAUGAUGAGGACGAGGAUGACAGCGAUGAGGAGGGGCCAGUGCGCCGACGUCGACGCGUCAAGAACGGUCGCAUGUCGGACGGUAACACUUCUGCCGACUCGGAUGGCGAUGAUGAUGAGGACGAGGAUGAUGAAGACAUUGAGGACAUCGAGGAAGACGAGGAUGAAGACGAUGAGGAAGAUGAGGACGAGGAGGACGAGGAAGAAGACGAUGAAGAGGAGCUACCGGACGAGAGCGAUCUCGAAGAGGAAGGAGCAAGCGAUAUGGAAGAUGACGAAGACGAGGAGGAGUACGACGAGGAGGAAGGACGUGGAGGUCCCAACGGCAUGUUCGAUCUCGAAGCCGAGGAGGGGACGGAUGAGGACGAUGAGGAGUAA